AUGAGCCCGGUUGGUAUGACAAUUACUAUUUUGACAUUGCUAGUAACUGCGAGUCAGCUCGUAUGGGCACGAGAGUCGAUGCCAUCGAGUAUACCAGAAGUGAACCUGGCUGUACAUAUCGUCUACGACCGAUAUUUUGAAGCGAUCUCUAAAUUCAGAGAUGAAUCUGGAAGAUACCUCGACUACUUCACUACGUUUCUAAACAUCGUAGAGUUGUGGUUCCGAAGUUUUCAACUACCAAACAUCAAACUGACGCUGCACGCUGCUACUGAAGGCCCACUAAAUGAUAUAGACAACGAGCCAGAUGGGGACGAAGAAACUGUUGAAAAAACAAUGAGCGACGAAUCAAGCCAGGAGGAAGACUUUGACAAGUCCAAGACGCCAUUCCAACCUUGCCGGAAUAGAUCGGUAACAACGAAGAAAUUUAGAUACCACGUUGAAACUCAGGAUGCCUACAAGGGGGCGGACGUUGUCAUUUUUGUGACAGGCCUAUGUAUCAAUCUUGAAGCUGACGUCAAUAAAAAAUGGGAAGGACUUCCAAAAACCGGGCCAAUAUGCCCGGCAUCUGCCGUGGGUGUUGUCCACGAUGACGGCAAGACGUUUAACGGCACAAGAAGCGCGGCUUUGCAGUUGGCACUUAUGCUGGGCGCAAAUGAAGAUGCCGAAACGAACUGUAGUGAUAAGGAAGGAUACUUACUUGCAAAUAUGACCAGUGAAAGCCUCUACGAACUCUUCUUGUGUACCAAGAACGCGAUCUCGAGGUUCUUCCAGAAACAAAGAAAAAAUAAAUGUUGGAAUAGGACACCAACUCCUGCAAAGCACAACGAAAAUAUGCUUGCAAAUGAGUAUUACAAAGCAAAGGACACGAAUGAAUGUCAGGUUUCUUCAACAGACACUCAGGAGGUUGAAAAAUGCGAGCCCAGCGAAGUGUCAGAUCUUAAAAGUCAAAAUUGGAACACUUGCAAAGUAACAUGUUGUCCCAAAACGAGCGAAACGGAUCGAAGCUACACUACAAAUUCAGCUGAUGGAACACAGUGCCAAACUGGAAACAUAUGUCUCUUUGGAAACUGCAUACGUGAUCCUAGAAGUAAGACACUCAAGACUAAAAGAAGUGAAAACAAAUAA